AACACAUGUUCAUAUUUAACCAUAUUAUUAAAUUUGCCGGCAGUGACCAGAUGCUUCAUUAUCCUAUGACCUCUUCAAAGUCGCUACUCAUACAAAGUUAAGUUGCCUCCUUGUACCGCUGCCAUCAUCCACAAAAUCCCUCCCAUAAUUCCCCCAAAUCCAACCAUCACAAAUUCACAAACCAACCAACCAACCAACCCCAUUUCCAUCAUCAUCAUCUCUCUAAUUCAUUCUAACAUCAUGUUUUUCUCCAUGAUCUCUUCCAUUCUCUUCAUCCUCUUCUCCUCUUUUCUAAUCCUCCGUUUCUUCCGUAAAACCUCUGCUCUUCAAAUCCUUAAACAAUGGUGGUUCGCCUUCGAAACCCGCCUCCACGUCCACCAAUCCUUCAAAAUCCCCCUCCACAACCAAAAUUCCCAGGAAAAUCAACUCCACCGGAAAAUCCUCACAUACCUCGACUCUCUCCCUUCCGUUCAGGACGCCGAUUUCACCAACCUCUUCUCCGGUCCAAACCCCUCUGACAUCUUCCUCCACCUCGACGCCAACCAAACCGUCCACGACACCUUCCUCGGCGCCAAGCUCUCCUGGACUAACCACGCCGGAGAUUCCCUAGUGCUCAGAAUCAAGAAGAAGGACAAGCGCAGAAUUUUCCGGCAGUAUUUUCAGCAUAUUCUAUCUGUGGUGGAGGAAAUUGAGCAGAGGAAGAAUAAAGAGACAAGGCUGUUUUUAAACUCCGGCGCCGGCGAGAUCUCACGGUGGCGGUCGGUUCCUUUCACGCAUCCGGCGAGCUUCGAGACGGUUGCGAUGGACGCGGAGCUGAAGAACAAGGUGAAAUCCGAUCUGGAACAGUUUGUGAAGUCGAAGCAAUACUACCACCGGUUAGGGCGCGUUUGGAAGCGGAGCUACCUUCUCUACGGCGCGUCCGGUACGGGGAAGUCCAGCUUCGUCGCCGCCAUGGCGAAGUUUCUGAACUACGAUGUGUAUGAUAUCGACGCAUCGAAGGUGAUCGACGGCGCUGAUUGGAAGAUGCUGCUGAUGCAAACGACGCCGAAGUCGAUGAUCGUGGUGGAGGAUCUCGACCGCCUGAUCGCGGCGGGGAAAUCAGCAACGGCGGCGACGACGGUGAGUAUAUCCAGCGUGUUGAAUUUCAUGGACGGGAUUGUUUCAUGCUGCGGCGAGGAGCGUUUGAUGGUGUUCACGAUGAAUGGGACUAAAGAUGAGGUGGAUCAAACGGUUCUCCGGCCAGGGAGGGUUGAUGUUCACAUACACUUUCCCUUAUGUGAUUUCUCCACUUUCAAGAUCUUGGCAGGUAGUUAUUUGGGGCUGAAGGAACACAAGCUGUUCCCUCAGGUGGAGGAGGUUUUGCAAACCGGGGCCCGGCUCAGUCCGGCGGAGGUCGGUGAGAUUAUGAUAUCUAACCGAAAUUCGCCGAGUCGGGCCCUGAAAACCGUUAUAACGGCUUUACAAGUGCAAAACAACGGUAUAGCGGGUCAACGGUUGAGCCAUAGCGGGUCGGGUCGGGGCUCCGAUGACGAGUCGAUUCCGGUUAUAUGUAGGGAAAGUGUUCACACGGUGAGGGAGUUUCGGAAACUGUAUGGGCUUCUCCGUUUAGGAAGUAGGAGGAAGGAUAAGGAGGAUUCCUCCGUCCAUUCAGCCUCAGGUCCCAUAGAAAGAAGCACCACGGGUUGAAGGUCGGUCGGGUCGGAUAAAAAUGGAUCCGAGUCAUUUUUUACUUUUAUUUUAAUUUUUUCUUGAAAAUAGAUGUAAAGUUGUUUGCCAGUUGCAACAACAACUAACACUUAUAUUAUAUGGCAGAUUAUUUAUUUGUAUUUUA